CACCCCUGUUGUUCUGUGGUCUGGAAGGGGGAAUCUCGCGAUUGUUGGACUUAUUAGAGAGUUUGUGGAAGAUGGCGCCUGUUGUGACAGGGAAAUUUGGGGAGCGUCCUCAGCCAAAGCGUCUUACAAGGGAGGCCAUGCGCAAUUACUUGAAAGAGAGAGGCGAUCAAACGGUGCUAAUUCUGCAUGCAAAAGUUGCACAGAAAUCUUACGGCAAUGAAAAGAGGUUCUUCUGUCCUCCGCCCUGUGUCUACCUGAUGGGCUGCGGCUGGAAGAAGAAGAGGGAGCAGAUGGAGAGGGAGGGCUGCUCCGAGCAGGAGUCCCAGCCCUGUGCCUUCAUCGGGAUCGGCAACAGCGAACAGGAGAUGCAGCAGCUCAACCUGGAGGGAAAGAACUUUUGCACAGCGAAGACAUUGUACAUAUCAGACUCUGAUAAGAGAAAGCACUUCAUGCUCUCGGUGAAGAUGUUCUAUGGGAACAGCGCAGACAUCGGAGUCUUCCUCAGCAAACGUAUCAAGGUCAUCUCCAAGCCCUCCAAAAAAAAACAGUCCCUCAAAAAUGCCGACUUGUGUAUUGCGUCAGGGACGAAGGUGGCGCUCUUUAACAGGCUGCGCUCACAGACGGUCAGCACCCGCUAUCUCCACGUAGAGGGAGGCAACUUCCAUGCCAGCUCACAGCAGUGGGGAGCCUUCUACAUCCACCUCUUGGACGAUGAGGAGUCAGAGGGAGAGGAGUUCACAGUUAGAGAUGGAUAUAUCCAUUACGGACAGACCGUGAAGCUGGUGUGCUCAGUCACAGGCAUGGCUUUACCACGGCUGGUCAUUCGUAAGGUGGAUAAACAGACGGCUCUGAUGGAUGCAGAUGAUCCGGUUUCUCAGCUGCAUAAAUGUGCCUUCUACCUGAAGGACACAGAGCGCAUGUACCUGUGUCUGUCCCAGGAACGCAUCAUUCAGUUCCAGGCCACUCCGUGCCCUAAAGAGAUGAAUAAGGAGAUGAUUAACGAUGGUGCGUCGUGGACUAUCAUCAGCACUGAUAAAGCAGAGUACACCUUCUAUGAGGGAAUGGGACCCGUGCCUUCACCUGUCACACCCGUGCCUGUGGUAGAGAGUUUACAGCUGAAUGGGGGAGGAGAUGUUGCCAUGCUGGAGCUGACAGGGCAGAACUUCACCCCUAACCUUCGGGUCUGGUUUGGGGAUGUGGAGGCUGACACCAUGUACAGGUGCGGGGAGAGUGUACUGUGUGUAGUUCCUGACAUCUCGGCGUUUCGGGAGGGGUGGCGAUGGGUUCGCCAGCCCGUGCAGGUUCCUGUCACCCUGGUGCGUAAUGAUGGGAUCAUCUACUCUACGGCGUUGACCUUCACCUACACGCCCGAGCCCGGGCCCAGACCCCACUGCAGCGCGGCCGGGGCCAUCCUGCGUGCCAACAGCAACUCCUCUUCCUCACUAUCAUCUUCAACGUCGUCCUCCUCAUCAUCGAGCCUCCUUCUGCCGUCCAGUGCAGACACCCAGGCUGCAUACACAGCCAGCAGUAUGUCUUCCUCCUCCUCUUCCUCAGCCAUGUCUGUCUCAUAACCCUGGAGCUGUGUGUGUGUGCGUGUGUGUGAUAGGUGUGCGUGUGUGUGGGGUGGAGAGAAUGAGGAAGAUGAUGGUGCACUGAUUUUUCACUCUGCAUCACAAACUCUUUGGAAAGGAUUGAAACACCACAGAAAGAGGAGGAUGAGGAGGAUGAGGAAGAGUGUCUUUUCUUCCUCUUUCUCUUUCUGUCUGAUGGCCAGGGCAACAGAGGCCCAACUCUGACUAGUGCUCUACACACCAGGUCCAGAGGCUGUGGUGUCACUUCAUCUGCUACAAAGAAAAAAACGAAGAUCACUUUUAAAGGAACAAAGCCUCUGCUACAGAGGGUGUGGCCGGGGGAGGCCUGAGAAGACCAGAUCUGUUUUCUUUUCUGUCCAAGGGCUUGAUGCACUUUUGUGCAUGGCAUAGAA